UUUCCCUCCUUUCACACACUGCCCCCCUCUCACUCUCUUCCCCAGGCUCCCCUUGUGGUGGCAACCCUCAGCUGAAAUAGGGCCUUUGCAGGGUGGAGGCAACACACUGCAGCCAGGACCUGUCACAUUACUCUCAGCUCCACAGUGGGACCAGGGCACCUGAGUACAGCUUGUGAGGGAGGGUAACAGAGUGUCAGUGAGAGCAGACCAAAUACACGGAAACAAGGACACCUCUGCAGCAGAGUCCGACUUGGGACUUGGGAGACACUUUUGCCCCUUGAGUCGAAGGGGAUUGCAGCCGUGUCGCUAGAGAUUGUGGUUAAAAGUUCUUCAGCUCCUUUGUAAGACUUUGGAUCUGUUUGGAAAAAGAGAACAAUGGAUAAGGAUGCUCUACUGGACUACGAGUACCCAGACCUGGAUACCGGUCCAUCCAAAAUUGAAGUCGAAAUAAUCCCUCCAUGUGACCCCACUGCCGAUGACAGGCUCUACCAUAUAUGCAUCACUGCGAUAUCUCUUGUUGUAAUGCUGAUCCUAGCGAUCUUAGCCAGACGCACGAAGGUGGGCAACAGACAGAAAGGACUCCCAGGUUUACUCAGUCCAGUCAACUUCCUGGACCAUACACAGCACAAGGGCCUGGCAGUGGCUGUGUUUGGAGUGCUCUUGUGCAAACUAUGGGGCCUGGUCAUAUCGCCAAACCCCCUCCCCUUCACAACAGAUUCUGAGAACAAACAGAACUGGGUGAUUCUGGGAGUAUUCUACUACCCCGCGCUAUACUACCCUCUCCUGGCAUGUGGCACCUUACAUAAUAAAGUUGGCUAUGUGCUUGGCAGCCUCUUGUCAUGGACACACUUUGGUGUUCUGGUAUGGCAGAAGAUUGACUGUCCCAAAACACCUCUGAUACACAAACACUACUCCCUUUUCUCCAGCUUGCCCCAGAUAGCUUGCUUGGCAUUCCUUAGUUUCCAGUAUCCCCUUCUUCUAUUCAAGGGCUUAAAGGGCACAGAAAAGAACAAUGCUACAGAGGAUCUAAGCAGCAGCUACUAUAAAGACUAUGUCAAUAAAAUGCUCAAGAAGAAGAAGCCCAGCAAAAUCAGCACAUCGAGCACAGAGAUGCCCAGGCUCCCUCAAAGAAUAAUUGAUACUGUGAAGUCGUACAUUUAUACACCGGAGGAAGCUUUCCGUUUUCCACUGAAGUUGGCUAUAUCUUGUGUAGUGUCAUUCAUAACACUGUAUCAGGUGGGUCUCCUACUGAUCUCAGCAGUGGUGCCUCCUCUCCAGACCGCCCGUGCAGGAGUUGAUGAGGAUGUUGCCAACCUUUUAGCUGGCUUCAAGAUUAUGCUGUCUCCAGACAAACAUGAAGUGGUCAGAAUCGUGGUUUAUUACAUGUGGUGUGUAGAAGUGUGCUUUGUCUCAGCGAUGACCCUAUCUGGCUUGGUCAACCUGGCUUUGCUCAUGCGGUCCAUGGUUCUGCAUCGGUCAAACUUGAAGGGGCUGUACAGAGGAGACAUCUACAAUGUUUACAACUGCCAGAGAAGUAUCAGGGCUUCCCGGCCAGCACUGGUCUGCUGGAUGGGAUUCACCAGCUUCACGGCUGCUCACAUCUGCAUCGGCAUGAUCGUCCAGACCUUGGUGUUCUUCUUCUGCCUUCUGAUCGCUGUCUUCCUCAUCGUCAUACCUGUCCUGCACAGACAGAAUCUGAUUCUCUUUCAGCUCCUGUGGAGCAUGUGGCCGUUCUGGCUGAUGAUUGUCUUGGCUGUGUUGAUUCAACACAUCACCGCCAGGUUUUGCUUCAUCAAGAAAACAGCAGGCACUCGAGACCUAGACAACAGGGGUAAUCUGUUCCUGCUGACGUACCUGCUUUUUCCAGUCAAUGUUCUGAUCGGGGUGCUACUGGCGCUCUGGCGCAUGAUCAUCACGGCCCUGUUCAACAUUGUUCACAUGGGACGCAUGGACAUCAGUCUUCUUAACCGCAACGUGGAGGCAUUUGACCCAGCCUACCGCUGCUAUGCUCAUUAUCUGAAGAUUGAGGUGAGCCAGUCUCACCCUGUGAUGAAGGCCUUCUGCGGGAUGUUGCUGCAGUCUGUGGGCCAGGAUAGCAAUGCUGCACAGAGGUCACGGGAUGCUGAAGAGGGGAUCCAGCUAGUCCAGCAGGAGAAGAAACAACACAAAGUGUCCAGUGCCAAGAGGGCCCGCGGGCACUGGCAGCUCCUGUACACCCUGGUCAACAACCCCUCCCUGGUGGGCACCAGGAAGCACUUCCAGCGUCAGACUGCAGAGAGCUUUCUAAACGGAAGCCUGAACCGCAGCACCAAGGAGGGGAUCAAAAAGGAGGCAGCGACCAAGGAGGCAGAAGCCGCUGCCAAAAAUUGAACACGAAUGUGUCCCUGAUUAAGGAUUUUAUUCAAAGUGUCUCUUGGUUUUUGGGCAAAUUCUGCAGUCACAUUAUUUGUCAAUCCCUACUGUAUAUGUGUCUGCAUUUGUUGAAAUAAGUGCACUUAUAGCUCAGUGUCUCGCGUAGAGAUAUUCAGGAAGCCCUUUUCUGUCUGUCUGGAGAUUGUGUGUUUACUUUGUGCUCUUCAUGUUCCUCUGGUUGUUUCAAGUGUGAGAGCCACAGUCUCCAGUCAGAUGGGAAAGCUUGUGUGGCACUGCUCUCCCAACUAAACACACUCACUACACGUCAUUUUCAACACGUUUAUGUGCUUAUUUUGGGAAAGCACUCGUGUUAUUUUUCAACCGGCAGGUUAAUCACAUGUGUUUUCCAAUAUGUUGUUAUUAUCUUGUAGUGCAAAUAAUGCAGAAUGGUAGUUGCCCAAACUAAACACAUGGAUGUGCAAAACACUGGAGCAUCCUUUUUAAAGAGGGUAUUUAUAUUUAGAACUUUUCACUAUUUAUGACUUUACAGAAUGAAUUGUUUUCAUAGACUGGGUAAUGCAUUUUCUUUUUUUCCAUUGUACACAUUUUGCGUAAUUCACAAUAACCUGUGGAAUAGGAACUACCAGACAAAUGAAACUGUUUAUAUUUCCUGUAGGCAUUUAAGUCCUAAACCACUUGCUGCUACCAGUGUAAAAUCUUAUCUGGUUUCUGAUAUUCACCAACAUUACACCGUCUGUCUCUGCAUUGACAUUUAAAAUUACGACUUUUAAGUCAAAAUAAAAUAUAAAAUUUCCCUCCUGAUUACUGUGAAAAUAAAACUGAAGUUAAAGUUUA